AUGGCGGGCGGAUCGUGGCUGCCGUGGUGGCCCAAGUCCUGGAACCCCUUUUCGCGAUGGAAGUACUCGUCUGCGUACGACUAUGAUACGAUCCUUGCCUCGCUUGCCGAGGAGAUCGAGGUGGUGGAGCUGACGCUGAUGGACAUCAAAGCGCGCAAACGCCGCGCCGUGUCCCGCGUGCUGCAAGUGCUGUUGAUGCUGUGGGUCGGUGCGCUGGCUGUGCUGUGGGGCUAUGCAUCGCUUGCGUACACGGACGAGGACUAUGCGUGGGCGCGCUCCAUGUUCCUCCUCGGCCUGAUUGUCGGCACGCCCGUCCUCCUGGUCGUCUUCCACCGCCUGAUCUCGCUCUGGUUCCGCCGCCUGGAGAAGGCGCAGGAGACACACUUGCAGGCGCUCCGCAAGCAGCGCCGCGAAAAGAUUAAUGAGAUCAAGAAGGCGACCGACUUUGAGCACCUGCGUCUGCUCCUGGAGCGCUACGACGACGAGACAAGCGUCCCCGAGCCCAGCUAUACCCAUGCCGACGGCGCCGAACACACGUCCGAUGCUCAGUCGCUGCGCAGCAAGCACUCGAUCUCAUCGCUGCGCCGCGAGCCGUCGCGGGACAGCCUGCGUCCGGGGCGCCCUGCCGAGGCGCGGCACAGCCGCAAGCCGUCCGAGAAAGGCGCGCCGAAGCUCGCGCCUGCGAUCACCGGCAUGCCGAUCAUGGGCGUGCCGAGCGCGCCUCCCGCGCGCGGCUGGAUGGACAAGUUUGCAGACGUGAUCCUCGGCACGGAUCCCUACGGCGCCUCGCUCGAGGACCAGCAGUAUGCACUCAUCUGCCGCAACUGUUUCCGGCAUAAUGGGCUAGUGCCCAAGAAUGAACUGAACGAGAUCCAAUACGUGUGCCCCCACUGCAACACGUUCAACUCGCGCCGCCCCUCAAGCAAGCCGGUCUCGUCGCCGUUUGCCGGCACCUCUAGCUUUGCCGCCCCCCCCAAAGAGGCGGACGAAGGGGAGGGCGAGCGCGAGCGCCCGGCGGGUGCGUCGCCGUCGAUGCCCGCGAGUGCUACGAGUCUGCCGUGGGCGCCGAAGCCCACGGACGAGGAGCCGGCCGGCAUCCGGCGCAGUGCGCGCCUGCGCUCGGCCACUCGCGAGUACGACUCGGACGAGCGAGACGAGUCUAUGCAGGUAGACGACAAUGCAUAG